AUGCAUCGACUACAAACAGUGACUUUGGCUGCUGCCCUUCUAUCUCACGCAGCUUCCGCUGUUCCGUACGCCGAGUACAUUCUUGCACCCUCACAGCGAGAUCUGUCUCCUGUAAAUGUCUACCGAGCCAAUGGCACUGUCAUCAAUACCGCCGGCGUCACGACUUCUGGAACCGGAGGUACCACGUUCAACAGUGUCUCAGCCGUCACAUACGACUACACCAAGAACAUCGGUGGCUUGGUAUCCUUCGUCGUCAGCUCUUCAUCCGACAGUGAGCAAUACAUCGGCAUCUCAUUCACAGAGUCGUCGAUGUGGAUCUCGCCUGACGGGUCGGAUGCUACACAAAACAUCGCCAUCGAUGAGACUCUGUGGUUCAAGAUUACUGGGCCGGGCAACUACUCUGUCGAACCUCUGCACGAUCGUGGUGCCUUCAGAUAUCUGAAUGUCUAUCACAAUACCACUGGCAAUGUCACGCUGAGUCACCUGCAGACAUACUUCACUGCCAUGCCGCAUUUUCCUGAUGAUGGUCUUCGCGAGUAUACGGGUUACUUCCACAGCAAUGAUGAGAAGCUGAACCGCGUCUGGUAUGCUGGUGCCUACACUGAUCAGCUAUGUACGAUCCCUUCCACAUCAGGAAACUCCCUGGUCGACCUCGACGCCACAGAUCCAAACGUGCCGACAGUGUGGUGGUCCAACAGUACCUUGACUAACGGUAGCUCGGCAUUUACUGAUGGUCCCAAACGAGACAAGUUGAUCUGGCCCGGCGACUUUGCCAUCUCUGUUCCCGGUGUAUUUCUCUCCACAGACGAUGCAAUCACGGUGAAGCUGUCUCUACAACAACUUUUCGCUAGUCAGAACACGACUACAGGUGCACUGCCAUGGUUUGCUCAACCUGUCUAUGCAUUCCCAGAGAACGACUUUCUCAACCUAGGAAAGGUGGUUUUCAGUUUCAAUUAUCACCUGUUUACACUGUUGGGAUUGCACAACUACUGGAUCUAUACUGGAGAUGACGAAUAUCUCCAAAACAAUUGGAACAGAUUCAAGCUUGGUCUGAACUACAGCUUGAGCUUUGUGGACGAGACUGGGUUGGCCAAUGUCACUUCCUCCUUCGACUGGUUGAGAGAAGGCAUGGGUGGCCACAACAUCGAGGCAAACAGUAUUCUGAAACAUACCUUGGAUGUUGCAGUCACACUUGCCUAUGCAGUAAACGAUACUUCGCACAUCGCCAGCUGGACCAAUGCAUCCACAGUCAUCACCAGCGCCGCGAACACACUGCUAUGGAACGACACAGCUUCCCUAUACAAAGACAAUGACACCACCACUUCGCUACAUCCUCAAGACGGCAAUGUAUGGAGUAUAAUCUCCGGUAUCGCCUCUGCAAACCAAAGCACCGCUAUUUCUUCCGCUCUCGCUGCCCGCUGGGGACCCUACGGCGCCCCAGCCCCGGAGGCUGGUUCAACAAUCAGUCCUUUCAUCACGGGCUUCGAGCUACAAGCUCACUUUCUCGCUGGCCAGCCUCAACGUGCUAUAGAUCUUAUGCGCUUCAUGUGGGCAGAUUUCAUGCUCGACGACACUCGCAUGACAAACAGCACGUACAUCGAAGGCUAUGACGUUAGUGGUGCAUUACACUAUCCUGCUUAUGCCGACGAUGCACGAAUCUCGCAUUCCCAUGGUUGGAGUUCUGGGCCUGUAUUGGCGUUGUCGACGUUUGCGGCGGGUUUGCAUGUGCUAAAUGCGACGAGUUGGGUUGCGCAUCCUCAACCAGGCAAUCUAACGAAUGUGGAAGCUGGAUUUAAGGUUGGACAUGGAAGUUAUGCUGCUGAGUAUUUGGUCACUGCUGGAGGNGGGGCAAAGUAUACGUUUUCGACACCUGCAGGCACGAGAGGUACGCUUGUACUUGAUACUCCUGGGUGCAAUGGGAAGAUCAGCAUUGUGGGCAGUACUACCGCUGGCGAUGACAAGAACCAGAGAUCCGAGCAUGGUGGUGGACACAACAAGGGCUUCCACUGGAGCAAGCAGAUNCGAAGGCCAGGGUCUUCAUCAAAUCCUUGGAAGUGUGGUGUUUGGGGUCCUUCGCAACCAAGUCAUUCGAGCGCUGAUGAUGGCACGAUCACGAUCAAUGGUCUGGUUGGAGGAAACUACACGGUAGAGAUCACCUGUUCAUGA